GGGAAUCACUGAACCGAGGUUGGAGAUGUUAUUAGGGCUGCCACCCCCGGGCCCUAUCAGAGAAUGGCCGUGUAUAUAAAAUUAGUAUUAUCAAGUGCGUCAACGAUCUACGAAUGACACAUUUGACCUCUAUAUUACUGUUAAAUCAGAAAUUGUGCUUAUUGUAGGUACAUUUAAACUUCUACAUUGAACUGACUUUGAUGAAAGGUAAAUAAUUCAUAAAGCUCUGUCGAUAAAAGAGCUAAAACCGGACAGAAACGUGACAGUCAAUCAUGGGAACGGCUGUGUCGGUACAUUAUGUACACUGUAAAUCAAGCUCCACUUACCCACACCGUGUGACGUACAAUUGUGUAUUCGAUGUGAAAAAAGAGCAAUUCGAUACAAAUGAUCACACCUUAUACCUUACCCCAUCACUGGUGACGUUCACACGUUAAUGGAACUCGGACAUGGUCGUGUUUCAUACGGAAUGGUGUAAACUCAGCGGAUCAUGAACGAUGAAACGCUGGGUGUGAUCAUCGGGGGAGUGACAGGGGGAGUCGUCCUCAUCAGUUUUAUAAUCAUCACCUUAGUCGUCUGUCGGAGGUGGAAACAGAAGCGUAAGUCAUGGGACUACGAUUGGGAGAACAGCGACAAGGCCCAGAUCACCAAGUCGGCGCCCAUUUCCAGGAGCACUUCCCCAAACACGACGAAGCGGAAAUCGUGUCCAGAUACCACGCCGUUUAAGGGAGUCAUGGUGCGCUCCAUGACAACGGACGGAAUCCCAGAUUUCUCCCUCCCACCGGAAAGAGUUCAGCCAUGCAUAACACCCAAGAGGAGUCAGAGUAUGGCGCCUAUCCAGUCAAACCUUCUUGGAGAUAUACAGCCUGACCUCUACAGGUCGUACGGCGGAUGUGACGAUGACGAUUUCCAUCUCCCUCCAAGCGAACAUGGUCGGCUAUGGUUGAGCGUUAUUUAUGACGCGGUCGUGGAACAGCUGCACGUGACUCUGGUCAAGGUCAAAGAGCUUAUAGGACGUGGCAGGGAAAACAGUGGUCGAGAUCCCUUCGUUAAAAUCUUCCUCCUUCCCGACGAAAGAAACUGCAGGAUUUCCAAAGUUCGGAAGAAAACACUCACUCCUGUCUAUAAUGAAAAAUUUGUGUUUGAGGUUAGUCCCAAAGAUAUAGACGAGAGCAUACUCCGGUUUUCUGUGUAUGACGUAGACAAACGCCGCGUGCGACACUCCCUUGGUCACGUGCUACUAGCCCUACGGGAUCUUGACAUCACCAAAGGCGACACCAUCUGGAAGGACCUAGAACAAAGCCAUCAGCUGUCCGGUGUUCCAGGAGAGUUGUGCUUCAGCCUGAAUUACCUUCCAAACAUGGACAAACUCAAGGUACUCAUUCUCAGUGCAAGAAAAUUACGCCAGCUCUGUUUCGACAAGGACUCUGGGACAUACGUGCGGAUCAACAUGAUGCAUGGACGAAAACUGCACAAGGUGAAAAGGACCGCCACCUACCGCGCCACCACCGACCCCACCUUCAACGAAUCUUUCUCAUUUUCUCUAGUCGGCAAGGUCCUUGACUCUUGCAGCUUCGAAAUAUGCGUCAUGACGUCAUCAAGGUCGCCGCGAAGUCAUGACGACGUCUAUGGCAAGGUUGUGGUUGGUUCUUUCAUGUUUUCCCGUGGUAAUGAACUAUUACAUUGGCAACAAAUGAUGUCUCAGCCACGCACACCGGUGCAGAGAUGGCACACACUCACCGGUAACGGCAAUGGUCACUGAUAGGGCUAAAGACAGCAAAUAAUCCAGCAACGAUCCAUUCAGGUUCAGGUACUCCAUAUCUACGAUACAGUGAACCCAACAUUUUCGAUUCCUACGCAAACUCUCACUGACGAAAAUGCGUGCUUUUCUAGCGCCGUACACCUAAUCAAGGGAGACAAACACCCUGGAUAUAGUAACUGACGCCGACUGAAGUAUGGUGAUAUUGAAACAAUGAUCAAUUGAUCAAAUUCAAAGUAGACGAAUCGCUUCCAAUAGCGACGAGUUUACAAAGAAGUUAUGUCACAAAUAAGUUGAAGUCGUGCAAAUCAGCU